AAGAAACUCCACUCAAAGAGAGCCACUCUUCAGGACUGUUAUCGUAUUUAUCUAAUGACUCAACUGUUGCCUCAUUUUGAGAGAUGUUUGGUACGCGACGAGAGCGACGAGUGUUUGGCAAUAAAACACAACUUUUCAGACAAACUGCGAGUGAUUUGCUGUUCGCUGUCAAAGUUAGCCAAAGCGCUGGAAGGGGUGAUCGAUGAGGAGCGCAUCCAAUCUAACGGCGAGUUCUGGAUUAAAGCCGAUUACGACGACGACCUCAAAGAACUUCGCACUCGACUCGACGACUUGGAAGACGAGGCCAAUCGGAUCUAUAAGAGUGUCGACAAAGAGAUCUGUAGAGAGCAAAAGGAGGACAAAUCUGUGGUGAAGUUGGAGUCGAGUGGACAGGGAUUUGUGUUUAAGUUGACGCGAAAGAACGAGAAGUGUAUCCGAAAUAACGACAAGUAUUUCGAAGUGAAGAACUCCACCAAAAAGGAUGGCUUCAGGUUUGCCAACAAAGCGUUGAGGAAACUGAACGAAAACUACGUUUCGGUUCGCGAAGAAUAUGAGAAAUUGCAGAGCGAUUUGGCAAAGGAUAUCAUCGCCGACACCGCCAAAUAUUCGGAGACUAUUAAAGAUCUGGAGAUUCUGUUGACUUAUUUGGAUGUUAUGGUAGGUCUGGCCACCACUUGCCUUCUUCCGUCCAUUCCUUAUAUCCGUCCAAAACUCUUACCGAAAGGUUCGGGCAAAAUAUCUCUCAAACAAGUCCGUCAUCCGUGUCUCGAACUUCAAGACAACAUAUCCUACAUUCCAAACGAUGUCUCAUUUGAUUCAGAAACUGGAAAAUUCUUUUUCAUCACA